GUUCUUUCAACACUCGCAUCAUGCCUGAACCAGCGAAGUCUGCUCCCAAGAAGGGCUCCAAGAAAGCCGUCACUAAGACCGCGGCUAAAGGAGGAAAGAAGCGCAGAAAGUCCAGGAAGGAGAGCUACGCUAUCUAUGUGUACAAAGUACUUAAGCAGGUUCAUCCUGACACCGGGAUCUCUUCCAAGGCGAUGGGGAUCAUGAACUCUUUCGUCAACGACAUCUUCGAGCGCAUCGCCGGUGAGUCGUCUCGUCUCGCUCACUACAACAAGCGCUCCACCAUCACCUCGAGAGAGAUCCAGACCGCCGUGCGUCUGCUGCUGCCCGGAGAGCUGGCCAAACACGCCGUGUCUGAGGGCACCAAGGCCGUCACCAAGUACACCAGCUCCAAGUGAAGCGUGAUCUGACUCCGACAACCCCAACGGCUCUUUUAAGAGCCACCCAUUCUUUCAGUUAAAGAGCUUUAUGUAGUUAUUUGUGGUGGGUUAAUCAAUAAACCCAGAACUACACUUAUUUUCUUUCUCAACUCUUGAGGAAACAAAGUAUCAGAUAUGCUUUAACUGUUACUAUACUAUUAGUUAACGCUUAAACCACUUUUGGUCUUUUAACGUAAUCGGGCAUCUGACGAUUAGAAAAAUCAAAAGAAUAGUAUCUGCAAUAGUUUAUAACUGCACAAAGUUAAAGUAUGAAAAAAAAAAAAAGGUUUCAGAGUGAAGCUAAUUAUUGUGCAACAGCCACAAAGUGAAAAUAAAACUUACUUUAAAAAAAAAA